UUGUUUUUCAGCGAUGGCGGAGCACACAGAGACAGAGAGCAUUGGCCUUGUCGCUAACAGCAUGGCUCAGCAGCCAGCACUACAUUUCCCUUCCACUGCUCCUCCUCCUGCUAACCCAGCGUCCCGCAGACAGCCGUUACUGAGCACCCCUGUGCCUCCUUUUGCCAUGAUGAGGGGUCCUCCACCUUCUGCCCAACCCCCUUUUGGACGAAUUCCUUAUGAUCCCAGUGUGCCUCCGCCCAUGGGUGCCCCACCUUUACAGAGAGCCCAAUUCAUGCCCCCACCAACGGGAUCCAUGCCACCUCCACCUGGCAUGAUUUUCCCACCAGGAAUUCCCCCUGCAGCUUCUCCUGCUCCACCUUCGCUGUCCUCUACAGAAGAGAUCUGGGUGGAGAACAAGAGUCCAGAAGGAAAGGUGUAUUACUAUAACGCACGUACACGGGAGUCAGCGUGGACAAAACCUGAAGGCGUGAAGGUGAUCCAGCAGGCAGAGCUGGGUCCACUAAUGCUGAGCCAGGCAGCGGCGGCGGCGGCAGCAGCAGCGGGCGGGGGUAACACUGGACCCGGUUCAUCACCCAGCAUCCCAACUGCAACAAGCAGCAAUGCCACCUCACACAGCUCUCAGACUCCUCCCACAGUUAUGAUCGCCACCUCCUCCCCCAGCAUUACUUCAGCUCCUCCCCUCCUUCCGACACCUGCGACAGCCCCAGAAGUCGUGGAGAUGUCGUCCGCUGUGACCACGACCCAUUGUGCCAUGUCAGCCCCAUUAGCAGCUGUCAAUCCCCCAACAGUGACGGUCGCCAUGACAACAGGACCGCCACCCCUGUCGGUGGCAUUGCCCCAUACUGUGCCACAGUCUGCAGCUACAAUGCAAGGAUUCCCUCCCGUCAUGGUGCCUCCCUUCAGAGUGCCUCUGCCCGGGAUGCCCAUUCCACUGCCUGGUGUAGCAAUGAUGCAGAUAGUAAGCUGUCCCUAUGUAAAGACUAUCUCUCCUACCAAAAACGGUAUGCUCCCUGGCAUGGCACCACCCUUAGUUCCUAUGAUGCCCCAUCAGAUGACGUUGGCAGCCGGACCCCCAGGAUUGCCUGGAGGUUUGGGCACAUCCGACUGGACUGAGUUCAGAACCCCAGAUGGAAAGUCCUACUAUUACAACAAACACACACAGGAGACCACCUGGGAGAAACCUGAAGAACUUAAAAAAACAGAAAAAGAGAAUGAGAAGAUCAAAGACCCAAUGAUGGACAUGAUCGAUGCUGACAUCAUGGACAUGGAAGAUGGAAGCCCAAAAAUUGAACCUCCUAAAGAACAGAAAGAGGAGCUGAAAGACAUCGAGAUGACAGACCAACAGAAAGCAGCGAUAAAAGCAAAGCCUGUGGCAACAACCCCCAUCCCUGGCACACCAUGGUGUGUGGUGUGGACGGGCGAUGAGCGAGUCUUUUAUUAUAACCCCACCACACGUCUGUCCAUGUGGGAGCGGCCGGAGGAGCUGGUGGGUCGUGCUGAUGUCGAUAAAGCCAUACAGGAACCACCACACAAAAAAGGCCUGGAUAACAGCUACAGACAACCAGUGUUGGCUAAAGAGGAGCCAGAGCCUGUUUUAGCUGAAAAUAUACCUGAAGAUGAACCCAACAAGGCCAAGAGAAGAAAAAUAGAGGAAAAGGAUUUGGACACAGAAAAGGAGGCAGCCAUGGAGGCGGAGCUAAAGGCAGCACGCGAGAGAGCCGUGGUUCCUCAGGAGGCCCGGAUGAAUCAGUUUAAAGACAUGCUGCUUGAACGAGGGGUCUCGGCGUUUUCUACCUGGGAGAAGGAGCUUCAUAAGAUAGUUUUUGAUCCACGCUAUCUGCUGCUGAAUCCUAAAGAGAGAAAGCAGGUGUUUGAUCAAUACGUGAAGACCCGCGCUGAGGAGGAGCGUAAGGAGAAGAAAAAUAAAAUCAUGCAGGUGAAAGAUGACUUCAGGAAAAUGAUGGAGGAAGCUAAGCUCAAUGUCAGAACAACAUUUAGUGAGUUUGCUGCUAAACAUGCAAGGGAUUCACGCUUUAAGGGCGUCGAGAAGAUGAAAGACAGAGAAGCCAUUUUUUUCGAAUUUAUGACGGCCCUCCGGAAGAAGGAGAAAGACAACUCAAAGAAUCGUGGAGACAAGGUCAAGCAGGACUUCUUUGAACUGCUGUCAGAUUAUCAUGUGGAUGGCCAGCAGCGCUGGAGCAAAGUGAAGGAGAAGAUGGAAACGGACCCUCGCUACAAAGCCGUGGAGACCUCAGCAGUCCGGGAGGAACUUUUCAAGAACUACGUAGAGCGCCUGGCCAAGAACCCAAACUCAGACAAAGAGAAGGAACUAGAGAAGCAGGCCCGGAUCGAGGCCAGCCUUAGGGAGAGAGAGCGGGCGGUGCAGAGAUUCCGUUCGGAACAGACCAAAGAGAUCGAUCGGGAGCGCGAGCAGCACAAGAGAGAAGAGGCCGUCCAGCAUUUUAAAGCACUCCUGUCUGACAUGGUCAAAUCACCGGAUGCCAACUGGUCGGAGACGCGUCGGACGCUGAGGAAGGACCACCGCUGGGAGUCUUCCUCGCUCUUGGAGCGAGAGGAGAAAGAAAGGCUCUUCAAUGAGCACAUCGAGGCCCUCGCCAAGAAGAAAAAGGAGCAUUUUCGCCAACUCUUGGACGAGACGAUCUCGGUAUGCAGUGGUUUCAAACAAAGUGUUUUUAACGUGUCUCCUUCGUCUUUAACUGACUUUCAUCCUCUACAUCAGAUCACUUUAAUGUCGACAUGGAAAGAAAUAAAGAAGAUCAUUAAAGAAGAUCCAAGAUGCAUUAAGUUUUCCAGCAGUGACAGGAAAAGACAGAGAGAGUUUGAUGACUACAUUAAAGACAAAUACAUCACAGCCAAAGCAGACUUCAGAACACUCCUGAAAGAGACCAAGUUCAUCACCUACAAAUCUCGUAAGUUGAUGCACGAGUCAGAGCAGCACUUGUCGGACCUUGAGAAAAUCUUGCAGAAAGAUAAAAGAUAUCUGGUCCUGGAGUGCGUGCCAGACGAAAGACACAAACUCCUCAUGUCAUAUGUGGAAGAGCUGGACCGCAGGGGACCGCCUCCCCCUCCCACCGCCUUUGAACCUGCUCGACGCUCCACUAAGUGAUAACGCGCACCUCUCAGAUAUUUUCCUCAUUCCUUGGCACCCAACACCGAUAGACUCCCAGUAUAUAGAUCACUACAGCCCAAAAGGUCUACAAGUCAGACCUCUGGAAGUCUAGGGCGAGGUGGGUGGUAUACCUCAGAGCGGUUGUAUGGGUGGGAUAAACUGACCCUAAUAUCACUACUCAUUCAUGAUUCAUACAGAACCUGACCCAGAAAAUGACGUGAUUCAGACACCUAGCAUCAAAUUUAUGGGAUAGCCUAACAAACAAGAUGAACUUAAGACACCAGAUAAGUAUUUGGAUCAAAUUUAGAGGGUUUAUUCAGGUCAUCUAUACCAAAAGCCACAGAGUAUUGAAGACACACUUUAUCCAUUAUCCAUCCAGUCUUGUUUUCGGGUGACAUCUUGAAGGAUCUUCUGGAGAUUUGCCCUCCUGUCAGUCACCUGUUUUAGUUCAUUUAUCUCAAAAUCCAUCUCUUGUCUCCCACCUCUCCCAACUGUUUAAAAAACUGUGAUUUGUUAAAACUGGGAGAACCUCCCAGUUUCUGGAACAUUUAUUUGGUGGCUGCCGUCACCCACAGAUAUUCACGAUUUAUGAAAAGCCUCUGUGUGCAUUUGUUAUUUUAACAGACUGUUUGGUCAACAUGUUUCUAGAUGAUGAAUAUGUAUGGAUGUAUUCAUUAGUUUGUUUACAUUGUGUUAUGACCGCACCGGCAGUUGACCAUGUCAGCUAGUCGUACGGUUUAAUUUAACUGUUCAGAUGUUUCUUACAAAAAUCUUGUUUCUUGGACUUGUUUUAUGUACAGCUGAACUUGAAUAAAAGCAACCCAUUUUUUAAA